AUGGCACGCAAGGCACCACGGAGAAGCGUCAUUUACGGUACACUCCUGUUGUUUUUGUUAGUGGUGGUGUUCAUUGGUCAUUACUACCUGGACGCUGAUAUGGUAUUCCAAUCGAGUGAGUCCCACUCCAAUACACCAUUGGCCAAAAACACCAGCAGCAGGAAUACUGAUAGUCCAGACGCCACAAUGAUGAAGGAGUCUCUGCGCUACAUCCCACACAGCACCAUACAGACAUGGAGGGAGAGGGACUACCUCAUUGUGUUUGGCAUCCCAUCUGUGGAUAUUGAUUCGAGGCGGAGACGCCGUGAUCUGCAGCGGAAUACGUGCUGGCAGUUCCCCGGUGUUGCACGGAGGGCGAAUAACUUCACUGGUGCCAUGUUGGUGUUGUAUGUACUUGCACGGCACCCAUCACAGGGAUAUGAAUAUUCUGCUGCACUACUGAAGGAGGCUGCUCUGUGGCAUGAUAUCAUUACACUGCCGAUGAAUGAUGUCCUACCAAGUACAAAUAAAACAGUGGCCGGAAAAGGUCAUUGGGGUAUUGCUGCUGAGAUCACCAUGAGCCGCAAAACAUUCCUGUGGUUUGAUCUGUCUAUUCGCUUGUCGUUAAAUACAAGUUAUAUUGCAAAGGGUGAUGAUGACAUGUUCUUGCGCGUCCCACAGUUUUUAUCGGAUUUACGUUUACUGCCUCUCAAAGGAAUAUAUUGGGGUGUCCCUAUUCCUGCUCGAGUUACCAAAGGAAAUACAGAGUUAAGAUUUCGCUAUGCUGCUGGUGCCUGUUACACCCUCUCAAGGGAUGUUGCUGAACACUUUGUCUCUUACGAGCCAUUGAAACGUUUAGUGCAUCUCUCAUACAGCAAAGAACGCGAAGAGGAAUUUGUGUCACUCAAUAUGGAUGCGGAGGAUGUUAUGGUGGCGCGUGUAUUGUUUGUUGAGUCUCGUUACACUCCAUUAAUAUAUGUGAAUGAGUUACCAUGUCGAUUCCAAAAUAUCUAUAAUGGCGCUGGAGAGUUCACAGUAAACCCAAAAUCAGUUUUUAUUCACCAUUUACAAGAGGGUGAGUAUGCUAUGCUGAUGGAUAGGUUUGGGAAUGGUACGACGUACAGACCUAGGGUACGAAUCUUACCGAAGCGGAGGGUUAUCAAAUUCCUCUGUUAA